GGCGCUUCCCAGUGUUGCAAAGCACUCUGACACUAGCCGCUGAGCGGAGAUCGUCCUUGUAGACUGUAACACAGAGGGAAAAGCCGAGGCCCCGGGGCGGUUUGUCUCAUCCACUAGACCUCGCCUCCACUAGGAGAGGCCUGUAGUAAUACCGCCUUCCUUACCAGGUGCCUGGCGUCCUGGGGGGUUUCCUAGACUCUCCCGGCUCCACGGAUAGUAAUGGGGAGCUUACAGGCAGGCAUCUGACCCCCUGGGAGUUCUUUUUUUGUGAUCAUCUCUGUACAAGUCAACGUAAAAACAUCCUGGCCGAGUAGGGGUAGGUGGUAUGGGGGCGGAGCUGAGUUUCAAAGCUUAGACCCUAGAGUAGGGACCCACACAAGCUGUAAGUCCUAAGAGGAAGGGAGCAACACGGUGGCGUAGAUAGGAGUCAGUAUUGGAGUGGUGACAACCUUCAGGAUAGGGCCUCCUUGGAGCAACGCCCAGGGACCUCAGCCCUUUCCUACAACAGAGAUCCCUCUGAAUCCAAAGUUGAGCUACAGCAAAGAGGAGGCGGCCACGGCGGCACUCAACCACACCAGGGUCCGGCUCCCGAGGAUCCAGCAUCUUUGAAGGAUGAGGUGUUGAUGAUCCAGGAAGCCAAGAGAGAGUGCCGGGGAACCUGGUACCUCCCUGCAGGGAGAAUGGAAGCUGGGGAGACCAUCGUGGAGGCGAUGCAGCGGGAGGUGAAGGAGGAGGCUGGGCUGCUCUGUGAACCAGUGACACUGCUGUCUGUGGAGGAGAGGGGUGCCUCCUGGAUCCGUUUUGUAUUCCUUGCUCGACCCACAGGUGGAGUUCUCAAGACUUCCAAGGAUGCAGAUGCUGAGUCCCUACAGGCUGCCUGGUACCCACGGGUCUCUCUGCCCGCUCCACUUAGAGCCUAUGACGUUCUGCACUUGGUGGAGCUGGGUGCCAAAUUCUGCCAACAAGCCAUGCACCCUCUCAUUCUGCCUCAGGAGCUUCCCUGCAGUGUGGUCUGCCAGCGGCUGGUGGCCACCUUUACAACAGUCCAGGCAGUAUGGGUGUUGGUGGGCACAGUGGGGACACCUCACCUGCCCAUCACUGCCUGUGGCUUCACCCCGAUGGAGCAAAGGGGUGGCAUCAAGGUGGCCACCCUGCGGCUGCUACAGGAGUGUCUGACUAUGCACAAUUUGGCAGUGGAGACCAAGGGGUUGCUUGGACUGCAACACCUGGGCAAAGACCACAUGGAUGGUAUCUGCCUGAAUGUGCUAGUGACGGUGGCUUUUCGGAACCCGGGAAUCCAAGAUGAGCCCCCAAAGAUUCGGGGCGAGAACUACUUUUGGUGGAAGAUAUUAGAGGAAGACUUGCAAAAGCAGCUUCUACACAGACUGGAGGGAUCUUCUGUCAUCCCCCUGAGCAGAUAGAGAGGUGCACUAGUGACAGGAGCUGAGCAGCCACCCUCCCUCUGUGGGCAGGAAAGAGGGGGCACUCUGAGAUCUCAUUGCACUGUGUGCAGGGACCCCACACACUGAGCCCAAAGGGAGAGUGCCUUGAAUCCAGUACUCAAAGGUUUCCGUUGUUCUCAGGGUACACAGUGCUUCUCUUAAGAUGGUGAGAGGCUUUUUGAACCCCAAAUGGCAGCAUCUUAUUUCCUUGUCCACUUUGGUAAAAGCCGCAUGUUAAUUCAUCCAAGCCCUUAGGAACGUGGAGAGGGAUGGGACACGGGGGACUCGUCCCUCAGGGCAGAGUCCUCAUUGCUGAGUAAAGAGAUGUUGCUUAA